AUGAAAUACUUUGCCGUUCUAAUCCUGGUCUCUGCCAUCUUCUUUACCCAAGCGAACGCUCAGGGUAGUACCUCUGGCUCUGAAGAAAAGCACAAGGAAGCUCUUGACACGGGUAUGGUUGGCAUUUAUGUUUCUACCUGUGAAUCCAAUGGCAGCUACACCAAAUUGCAAUGCGUUAGGUCUACCGGUGCUUGUCUCUGUGCCGAUGAUCCUACGUCUGGCAGUUUUAUUCGACCUGCCGAAAGCGCUGAUGAUUGUUAA